AUGGGUUAUGUUUUGACCAUCGUAUUUUGUUUUCCUCUCUUCUAUCUCUUCUGCAUUCUCCUCAACUUUCUUGAAAAAAGAAGGCAUCAAAACUGUUACAUACUCGAUUACCAGCUCUACAAACCUUCCGAUGACAGGAAACUAAGCACUGAGUUUUCCGGCGACAUUAUCAAGAGGAACACGAAUUUGGGUCUUAACGAGUAUAAGUUCCUUCUCAAAGCCAUCGUAAGUUCCGGCAUUGGAGAAGAAACCUACGCCCCAAAAAUGAUGUUUGAAGGACGUGAAGAAAACCCUACUCAUGAUGAUGCGAUCAACGAGAUGGAAGAGAUUUUCAUAAAUAGUAUCGGAAAACUCCUCGAGCGUACCGGCGUUCAGCCAGAUAGUAUCGAUGUUCUGGUGGUCAAUGUCUCGAUGUUGACCUGCAUGCCGUCGUUAUCCGCCAGAAUCGUGAACCGAUACAAAAUGAGACAUGAUGUGAAAACGUACAAUUUGUCCGGGAUGGGGUGUAGUGCGAGUUUAAUCUCGAUAAAUCUCGUUCAAAGUAUUUUUAAGUCGAAGAGAAAUCAAUUGGCGAUGGUGGUGACAUCGGAAUGUUUAACUCCGAACUGGUAUUCCGGUAAUGACAGGUCGAUGAUACUAUCGAAUUGCUUGUUUAGGUCAGGUGGGUGCGCCAUGAUCUUAACAAACAAACCGAGUCUGGUUCACAGGUCCAUGUUCAAGCUCAAGGUUUUGGUUCGAACCCACCAUGGUUCUAAAGAUGAAGCUUAUGGCUGCUGUUUACAAACAGAAGACGCUCAAGGUCGAGUCGGGUUUCACCUCGGUAAAACCCUACCAAAAACAGCCACCCGAGCCUUCGUCGAUAACCUAAAAGAAAUCGCACCAAAGAUCCUCCCACUGCGGGAACUCCUCCGUUUCGCCGCUCUCUCAUUUGCCCGGAAAACUCUCCAAAACGUCUUCGGAAAGUCAUUCUACGCGACUCGACCCAUGAUCAACUUCAAAACCGGCAUAGACCAUUUCUGUCUGCACACCGGAGGUAAAGCCGUGAUCGACGCCGUCGCUCAGAGCCUGAACCUCAGCCAAUUUGACAUAGAACCAGCACGUAUGACACUCCACCGGUUCGGAAACACGUCGGCAAGUAGUCUCUGGUAUGUUCUCGGCUACAUGGAGACGAAGAAGAGGCUGAAGAAAGGUGAUAAACUGUUCAUGAUCAGCUUCGGAGCCGGGUUCAAGUGCAACAGUUGCUUAUGGGAAGUGGUGCGAGAUCUUGAAGGUGAAGGGAAUGUAUGGAAAGACUGUAACAUUGAAAGCUACCCACCGCUGACCUUAGAGAACCCUUUCAUGGCGAAAUACGGUUGGCUUCACGACGUCGACGACAUCUCAACGCUCAACAUUCAAGAAUGA